GACCUCCACCUCACAAACCACCCAGAACCUCAGCCCGACAACACCAUGGUCAACUCCUGUUGUGGCUCCCUCUGCUCUGAGCAGGGCUGGGGCCAGGAGAGCUGCUGCCAGCCCAGCUGCUGCCAGCCCAGGUGUUUCCAGACCACCUGCUGCAGGACCACCUGCUGCCAGCCUAGCUGCUGUGUGUCCAGCUGCUGCAGACCCCAGUGCUGCCAGUCUGUGUGCUGCCAGCCCAGCUGCUGCAUCUCCAGCUGCUGCAGGCCCCAGUGCUGCAGGCCCAGCUGCUGCAUCUCCAGCUGCUGUAGGCCCCAGUGCUGCCAGCCCACCUGCUGCAUCUCUAGCUGCUGCCGCCCUAGCUGCUGUGUGUCCAGCUGCUGCAGGCCCCAGUGCUGCAUCUCUAGCUGCUGCCAACCCAGCUGCUCUAGCGCCUCGUGUUGCUGAGAGCAUGGCCCUGCCUGCUAGGGUGCUUCAUCACUAGUCAGCCCUGGUGUAGACCGCUGGGCAGCUGAGUUAUGAGGGGGGAUUAUGAAACCUCAGCUCCACCUGGGAUUGCUUUUGGCCUCCACAUGUUGACCCUCCACCCCGUUAUGGGCUCACAAAUGUAUACCUGUUUAAACUCUGUCAAAUACUCUGGGAUCCCUAUGGAAAUAUCUGUUUUCUCCCCCAUGUUCUUACCUAGAAAUAUCCUAACCUCUUAAAUAAACGUGAAGUUUUCAGACAACCUUCAUAAA